AACCAGCCAUAAUAAGGCCGCCAAGUUUGAAGAAACUCACCAUUUCCGUGGUCGGAAAACACGGGAACAUAACAGGAUCAUACAACUACUAUCACAUGCAUAAUUUAGCCAAGAAUCCUGACAUAGACUUUAGCAAGAAGACAUUUAUGUAUGUUGGCGGAUAUUUGGAUUCGACGACGUGGCAGAUUGACGAUUCUUGGGUCAGGUGUAUAAGAAGAAUGGAUAUAAUACGCUUGUACUGGAAACAUUGGAGUUUACAGCUACCUUUUAUCCUAUCGCUGUUCGCCACAUGCACCCAAUCGGUAAACACGACAGAAAUGCUGGUAACUCUAAAAGAGUACAGUCUCAACCCAAAAAAAUUGGAACUCGUCGGCAUUAGCCUGGGAAACCAAACCAUGGGUUUCAUAGCCAAGAACUACCGAUUUAUGACCGGCCAGAACAUUUCAACCCUGACUGCAUUAGAUCCUGCUGGACCCUGCUUCAGGAAUGUUCCACCAGAUCAAAGACUCGAUAAAUCUGACGCUGACUUUGUUAUGGGGGUGAUUACUAACAUGGACGGCUCUGGCAUAUCAAUACGCAUCGGACAUGUGAUGUUUUACGUCAACGAAGGUGAAUUUCAGAACGGCCAUUAUUGGUGGCUCCCCUGCGAUGUUUCUUGCAGUCACAUAAGGUCGUACUUCCUUUGGUGGUCGGCUUUGUUGAAUCCUGGUAACUUUAUAGGGAUUCGUUGUGAUUGCGUACAGAAUGCUAAGGAUGGAGACUGCUUCGAUGGAAAGCCUAUCACAAAUACAAUAGAUCUUUAUACUAAUAGAAGAAAUACGGGAAUCUAUUACCUAAGGACGUCCAAUAGACGGCCGUUUGCUUUAGGAAAGAGAGGCCUGAAGAAACCGAGAGAUAUGUACAUGCCGAGAUCUCAACGAAUAGAUAUUCCUGAUUUUUUAAAGUUCAUACAUUCGUCAAUUUUGAAAUUAUAUAAUUAAA